GACCUACCUAAGUUGCCUUCCAUUCCACGUUUCUUUCUCUUCCAAAACACCAGUAUUUAGGGGCUUCUGUUUCUCACACUCCUUUUUUUCUCUUAACACCUCAUCCAUCUGAUCCAUCUUCCAGCUCUCUCAACUUGUUCCAUGGCUUCUUUUCUUUUCCUCUGUGCCCCUACCUCUUCUUUCCACUUACCUAUCCCUUUUCCUUGAGCUUUUCUCUUUUGCUCCUUGGAAACUUACUUUUCUGUUUGAAUCUUUCUGGGUUCUGUUUGUUUCUCUAUAAAUAAAGUGUCUUGGAAUUUGGGGAGUUGGGAAACUGUGUUUGGUUUGUACCCAUUGAAGCUUGAGAGACUCUAAGUUGUAUUUUGAGGGUGGUUUGUGAAAACUAUGCCUUGUUGAUCGAAACCAAGAUUCUGAAAUAGGGGUUUUAGACACAAAAAUUCAUUGGGGUUUUAGGGAAAAAACAAGGAAUUAAUGGAAAACGUUCCAGCUGGAAUGGUUGAGCAAGAUGAGAAGAUCGAUUUGCCACCGGGGUUUCGGUUCCACCCAACCGAUGAAGAGCUUAUUUCUCACUACCUGCAUAAGAAGGUUAUUGAUAUCAGCUUCUCUUGUAAAGCAAUUGGGGAGGUGGACUUGAACAAGUCUGAACCUUGGGAUUUGCCUUGGAAAGCGAAAAUGGGAGAAAAGGAAUGGUACUUUUUCUGUGUAAGAGACAGAAAGUACCCAACUGGUCUGAGGACAAACAGGGCAACUGAAGCUGGAUAUUGGAAAGCCACAGGGAAAGAUAAAGAGAUCUACAAAGGAAAAUCCCUAGUUGGCAUGAAAAAGACCUUGGUUUUCUACAGAGGCAGAGCCCCCAAAGGAGAGAAGAGCAAUUGGGUCAUGCAUGAGUACAGAUUGGAGGGUAAAUUCUCUGUUCAUAACCUCCCCAAAACUGCAAAGAAUGAAUGGGUGAUUUGCAGGGUUUUUGAGAAAAACUCUGGUGGCAAAAAAACCCAUAUUUCAGGAUUUGUGAGAUAUGGUGCUCUGGGAAAUGAAAUGGGUCCUUCUGGUCUGCCACUGUUAAUGGAUUCUUCACCUUACAGCUCCAAAACCAAACUCGCCUCUGAGUCCUCUUACGUGCCCUGCUUCUCCAACCCUGAUCCCACUGAUGUUCAAAGAGACCAAGGGAUUGUUGAUUAUAUGAACAACCCUCUUUUUGGUGUUUCUUCAAACACCUCCAACUUUUUCCCAAGAGCCCCAUUUUCCAACUCAUUCUACUCUGAUCAGUCUGCCCCAAUUUCAGCAAAUUUCCAGUUCCCAAGUUCAGUUUUAAUGCAAGACCAGUCCAUUCUGAGGGCCUUGCUUGAAAACAAUGGUUCAAACAUGAGGCAGAGCUUCAAAACAGAGAGGGAAAUGGUCAGUGUGUCCCAAGAGACAGGCCUGACAAGUGAAAUGAACAAUGAAAUCUCUUCUGUCAUGUCCAAUCUUGAGAUGGGAAGGAGGCCAUUUGGUGAUCAAGAGGCCCCAGCAGCAGCAGCUGGAGCAGUGGACCUGGAUAAUUUUUGGAAUUAUUAAAAAUUUCAAAUAGCAGCAUUAUAUAUAAGAUUGAAUGUGUAGUAAAAGAAAAGAAAAAGCAGCUUCUGCUUCUGCUUCCAGUAUUAUUGUUGUGAGUUUGAAUCUUGAUAUUAUUGUGUAUAGAUUUUCUGAAUCCAAAUGGAAAAUUGAAUGAAAGUGAAGCAUCUGUUAUGUACUGUAAGAAAUUAUAUCAUGUAUUUAACUUUUUCGUAUUGAAUUAUAUCAUAUAUUGGCCUCA